AUGGACCGUGUGAUGAAGAUGGCGUCAGAGCGGGGGGUGGUGAUCUUCACCUUGAACUCAUGCUGCAUGUGCCACACGGUAACCCGCCUCUUCACCGACCUCGGUGUCAAUGCUCUAGUUCAUGAGCUAGACCAUGAUCCCAAGGGCAAAGAGAUGGAGAGGGCGCUCCUCAAGCUUCUCGGGAAGGGGCCACCCGUCCCAGCAGUGUUCAUCGGUGGAAAGCUUGUCGGCGGCACCAAUAAGGUCAUGUCUCUGCACCUUGGUGGUGAGCUGGUCCCCAUGAUACGGAAUGCAGGUGCCCUAUGGCUGUAG